CGUCGUCCGGGUUGAGUCCCUCUUCCACCUUUCAUCGUCAUCACCAACUAGUAGACUACCUCCCUCUAGCCAACCAAACGACUCGACCAAAAACAGGCUGACGGCCACCAAAUCACCACGAUAGCGACAGCUGAAAGCACACGACAGCCCAGCUUCACGACGUCGCACUCCACACGCUAAUCAAUCUUCAUUCCAAAUUCUACGCCUUCGUGCUCUACACCAUUCAUGCCCGUUAUAUUGCCCAAUUGAUUUGGCUUCAUUACCAUCAAAAUCUAGAAUACAAACCCAUUGUUCCACCGUCCUUGUCCAGUUCCAUCAUCACGGCUCUUAUUCCACCACGACGCCAAUGACAUUGAAUACCUAAUCACUGAUCAUCGCCAACUGGGCUGAUUGACUAUCACAAGUGGAGAUGGCUGCUCACGAUCCCAGCAAGCAAGGGCUCCUCGGCUCCACGUCCACCGAGCAUCACGUCGAUUACUCGUCCGACUCCGACGACAACGUCAACAUCAACACCACCCCCAAACGUCCCGCCCACAGACAGAAACAACAGCGAACACGACGCACCCAGCCCACCAACCCAACACUACCAACCUUUCAACCACUACCCACCCGCAAAUCAUGGCUAGCGAGACGCAGCAGGUACUGCCUCAUCUUCGCCGCCUUUGGGCUCAUCCUCUUCGUCAUCCUCCUCGUCGGGGGAGGUCUAGGAUACAAGGCUGCUCUCCAAGAACCUCCCUACGGCCUCUCACCACCAUGGUAUCCUUCUCCAAAGGGUGGCAUAGCCGGCACCUGGUAUGAGUCCUACCAAAAGGCUGCCAAACUGGUGUCCAAAAUGACCCUGGCCGAGAAAGUCAACAUCACCACCGGCGUCGGCUGGCAAAUGGGUCUGGCAGUCGGCACCACCGCCCCUGCUGUGCUCGUCGGCUUCCCUGCUUUACAACUACAGGAUGGACCGCUGGGUAUCCGAAAUGCAGACAACAUUACUGCUUUCCCAGCCGGAAUCACCGUCGGCGCGACCUGGAAUCGUCAACUGAUGUACGCUCGCGGUAAAGCGCACGCCAUUGAGGCCCGUGCCAAGGGGGUAAACGCCAUUCUCGGCCCCUGCGUCGGCCCUCUUGGUCGUAUGCCCGCCGGCGGUCGCAACUGGGAGGGUUUUGGCUCGGAUCCCUACCUGCAGGGCGUCGCUGGUGCGGAAACGAUCAAAGGCAUCCAGUCCGAGGGCGUCAUGGCGACCGUCAAGCAUUUCAUUGCCAACGAGCAGGAACACUUUCGCCAGCCGUGGGAGUGGGGAUUGCCAAAUGCUAUUUCCUCCAACGUGGACGACAGGACAUUGCACGAGUUGUAUGCCUGGCCUUUUGGCGAUGCGGUCAAGGCGGGCGUGGCCAGCGUCAUGUGCUCGUACAACAUGGUCAACAACAGUUAUGCGUGUGGGAACAGCAAAUUGCUGAAUGGCAUCCUCAAGGACGAGCUGGGCUUCCAGGGGUUUGUCAUGAGUGAUUGGCUGGCGCAAAGGGCAGGAGUCAGUACGGCGUUGGCGGGAUUGGAUAUGACGAUGCCGGGUGAUGGACUCAGGUGGGCGAAUGGCAAAAGUCUGUGGGGCAAGGAGUUGAGCAAGGCGGUGCUGAAUGGGAGUGUACCGGUGGAGAGGAUGGAUGAUAUGGCUACGAGAGUGGUGGCGGCUUGGUAUCAGAUGGGCCAGGAUAAUGAGGAAAAGUGGCCAAGGGAUAAGGGGCCGAACUUUUCGAGCUGGACGAACGAACAGAUGGGGGUGGUUAGCCCGGGGAGCCCGACGGAGCAGGAGACGGUGGUGGUGAAUCAGUUUGUGGAUGUGCAAGCGAAUCACUCGGUUAUUGCGAGGCAGGUGGCGGCUGAGGGAACGGUGCUGUUGAAGAACGAGGGCCCGGUCUUACCACUCAGCCGAGCGGGACUUCGCAAACGCCAGGACGCCAACGACACCUCCGACAGGGUCAAAAUCGGCAUCUUUGGCGAAGACGCCGGUCCCAUCCCCGGGGGCCCCAACUCGUGCCCAGACCGCGGCUGCAACCAGGGCACUUUGGGAUCCGGCUGGGGUUCAGGGGCUGUGGAAUUCCCAUACCUGGUCACACCUGUCGAAGCUCUCCGCAAGCAGUUCGAUUCGUCAGAGGUUGAGCUGCACGAGCAUCUUUCCAACCAACUUCCUUUUUCACUCUCUGAGAAGGCCGUGAUCGAUGACCUUGACCUUUGCCUCGUCUUCGUCAAUGCCGAUGCCGGCGAGGGCUUCAAGGCGUGGGAAAACGUCCGUGGUGAUCGACCUGAUCUCUUCCUACAGAAGAACGGCGAUGCUUUGAUCCAGGAAGUAGCAGCUAGGUGCGGCGGCGGGUUUAGCGAUGUCGUGGUCGUCAUCCAUGCCGUCGGCCCGGUAGUGAUGGAGCGCUGGAUCGAUCUCCCCCAGAUCAAAGCCGUUGUGUUCGCUAACCUUCCCGGUGAGGAGUCCGGAAACGCUUUGGUGGACGUGCUGUUCGGCCAUGUCAAUCCCUCCGGCCAUCUUCCCUUUACUAUCGGCAAAUCGUUAGAAGACUAUGGACCCGGCGGACAGGUCCUCUACCUCCCCAACGGCGUCGUCCCGCAGCAGAAUUUCAGCGAAGGGCUGUACGUCGACUACCGAUGGUUCGACAAGAAGGGCAUCACCCCCCGCUUCGAAUUCGGCUACGGCCUGAGUUACACCCCUUUUGAACUCGGUAACGCCACCGUCAAGACUAUGCGGCCCAAAUCCGCCCUCCCUUUUCCUCGUCUUGAUGACCUUGUGGAACCGCCCACCUACUCGACCGACAUCCCUCCGGUCGAAGAGGUUCUCUGGCCUAAAGGCGACAAGGAGGUCAGGAAGUUGGACAAGUACAUCUACCCUUAUCUCUCUGCGGAAGAAGCACACAACGCUGUGGCGUCCAGAAAUGGAGGGAAGAAGUAUCCUUAUCCUGAUGGCUACGACACCCCCGCACCCUUGAGUCAAGCAGGCGGUGACGAGGGUGGGAACCCCGAGCUCUGGGCGGUUUAUGCCAAGGUGACAGUGGACGUGCGGAAUACGGGCAAGGCAGCGGGUGCUGUGGUGCCACAGCUGUAUCUCUCUUAUCCUGAUGUUCCGAAGGAAUCUGCAAAUGGACCGGGCCAGGUAGACUUCCCCGUCAAGGUACUAAGGGGGUUCGACAAAGUCUACUUGGAGGCGGGCAAGUCGGCAAAGGUGGAGUUUAACUUGACGAGAAGGGAUCUGAGUUAUUGGGACGUUGAAGUGCAGAAUUGGGUGAUGAUUAUGGAGGGGGAGUAUACUUUCCAUGUGGGACAGAGUAGUAGGGAUUUGCCGGUGUCUGUUACAUGGUGAAAGGAGGACUGACUGCGGAUUACCCCAAUAAUAUGAGAUGAUGUGAUGUAGUUUUGGCUUGAUGUAUAGUUCUUUGAACAAUUGAUCGUUUGAUU